ACGGAGACGGCGAGGUCGCUGCACCGCCCCUCCCAAACUGGAUAGGUUAAUGGCUGGCAGUGUCGAGGUAGACCACACAGAGGAUGGUAGAUCCUCGUCAACCGAGGACUUGCCCAGCGAUCAACAAAGCUAUUCCGGGGAAUCUUUAGCAGAGUGGAGGUCAAGCGAGCAAGUCGAGAAUGGGACACCGUCCACUUCACCAGCGUACUCGGACACUGAUGACGAUGAUUGUGGGCCAAGGCCUGCUGAACUUUAUGGGAAGUUUACAUGGAGGAUCGACAAUUUUUCCCAAAUUAAUAAGAGGGAGCUCCGUAGCAACUCCUUUGAUGUUGGCGGUUAUAAAUGGUACAUCCUGAUUUAUCCACAAGGAUGUGAUGUUUGCAAUCACUUGUCGCUCUUUCUUUGUGUUGCAAACCAUGAUAAACUGCUCCCAGGAUGGAGUCACUUUGCACAGUUUACAAUAGCUGUAAUUAAUAAAGAUCCUAAGAAAUCCAAGUACUCUGAUACGCUGCACCGAUUUUGGAAGAAAGAGCAUGACUGGGGGUGGAAAAAAUUUAUGGAGCUGUCAAAAUUACAUGAUGGCUUUAUUGUUGAGGAUGUUCUUACCAUCAAAGCUCAAGUUCAAGUUAUUAGGGAGAAGGCGGACCGCCCAUUUCGCUGCCUUGAUGGCCAGUACCGAAGGGAACUAGUUAGGGUGUAUUUAUCAAAUGUGGAGCAAAUUUGUCGGCGAUUUAUUGACGAAAGAAGAAGCAAGCUUUGCCGGCUGAUUGAGGAUAGACUCAGAUGGUCCAGUUUCAAUGCAUUCUGGCUAGGGAUGGAUCCAAGUGUGCGACGGCAGAUGACAAGGGAAAAGACCGACACCAUAUUAAAAGUUCUAGUGAAACAUUUUUUCAUAGAAAAGGAAGUUACAUCAACCUUAGUAAUGGACGCACUGCAUAGCGGACUGAAGGCUCUGGAGUAUAAGAGCAAGAAUAAACUGGGCGUAUCUAAACUAACAGAGGCAGAUGCUCGAAGCACUUCUAUGGUGCUUGUUGAGCAGGAUAUGUUUGUCUUGGCAGAUGAUGUGUUACUUUUGCUUGAAAGAGCUACAUUAGAUACACUGCCACAUCAACCAUUGCCUGCGAAGGAUGAAAAAAGUUCACAGAACCGCACAAAGGAUAGCAGCUCAGGUGAUGACUUCAACAAAGACUCUAUUGAACGUGAUGAUAGACGACUUAUAGAGCUUGGCUUGAAGACGCUUGAAUUUUUUGCCUUGGCUCAUAUAUUCAGUCGAAUAGAAGUGUCAUACCAAGAGGCGGUGGCUUUAAAGCGCCAAGAGGAGCUCAUUCGUGAAGAAGAAGCUGCUGGGCUUGCAGAAAUUGAACUUAAGGCAAAGCGGAGUGCUGCUGAGAAGGAAAAACGUAUAAGGAAAAAACAGGCCAAACAGAAGAAAAACAGUCACAAAAAUAAUAAAGGAAAAAGUGAAAGGUUUGACAUGAAGGAUAUAGUUAUAGAGACCACUCCAUCAGAUGAUAGAGUCCCUGAUGAUGUCUCAAGUCAAGCCGAAGAAGUGACCUUAAAUGCCGACAAUCCUGAUGAAGCAUCUGAUGUUUCUGAUAACAGAGACGAUAAUUCAGAGGUGCUUCAGAUGGACUUUGAAGACCGUGAAUCCAGUCCGGUUAAUUGGGAAACAGACGCUUCAGAAACUCAAGCGACAACUGUGCCUGGAGGUGGUGAGGCGCAAAAUGACCAAGCAGGAAAGAGGCCUUCAUGUGUGGAUGAUAGCUCAUCUACUUGUUCAUCUGACUCGGUUCCUUCAGUUAUUUUGAAUGGGUCGUCUGCGGAAGGUGCCUGGACAAGUGUCAAAUCCUCAUCCAACAGAGGGAAUAACCGGAGGAAUAAGGACACUGAUACACGAACAGGGCAUGCACAUGGUGGAUCAAAUUCAACACCUAAUGGUAAUUUCGGAUCUAGCAAUUCAAGGGACAUGAAACUUGAAGCUGAGGAUUACAAAGUUGUGCCGCAGAAGAAGCAAAAUGCACAGCGGCAAGUUGAUGUCAUGAGCCCCUCCAAGUUAAGAGUGACAGAGUCUUCCUUUCCUUCUAUGAGCCCUGCUAAGAAGCAACCUAUCUUCUCCCAGCAGCCAAAAUCUUCAUUAGAAAGCACAGGCAGUCUGACUUCCCGUGCAAGCGAAGUUUCAGGUGCUGCAGGUACUGCUACAAGAACGGGUGUCUCUUCAACCCCAAUAGUUCAGCAAGUUCCAAAUAAAGGGCCUCGGACAAAUCCUCCAACCCAUAUUGAGAGGCCAGUUCCAGUUGUAAGUAGACCUCUGCAGAUACCUGUACCCACCAAGUCUGAAGCUCAGAAGCCAACUUCUCUGGUAAAUAGCGCUACUGCUACCCAGGCGACUACUGUUUCGAGGCCCUUGAGUGCCCCACAAGUCCCUGCAGCAAAACAAGGGGCACCUGCUGUUUCAACAGUUCAGACUGCACCAGCUCUUUCUCGUUCGAGGAGUGCAGUUGGACGGCUGGGCAAUGAGCCUUCUGCCAGUGCUCCUAGCUACAUUCCCCGGUCAUACCGUAAUGCCAUGAUGGAGAAAAGUUCUGCUGGGGCAAGCGGUCUCACUCACCAGACAAGUUUGUCAGGCCAGGGAGUUACGCACUCACAGUCAAUGUUUUCAUCAUCACCUUCCAUUCUGUCACCAGAUACCUCAUCUAGGAAAGAAAUUCCAUCAUUGAAGCCUGGAUUUACGUUUGGAACCGUGAAGCCUGAGUCACUCAACCAGUACCAGUGGAGAGAGGAGAGCUCACAAGAGGCAAGCUGCAGCAGCAUUAAUGAUAAUGGUGUGCUGAAUUCAAGCAUGGUUAAUGAGUUUGAGAAGCUCAAUUUGAAUGGAAGACCACGGAGCAAGCAACUGUUGUCAGAAAUUUCUACCAGAUUCACUCCAUACCAACCGCAAGGCCUGGUGGGAGAGGAGUUCCCUCACCUAGACAUCAUCAACGACUUGCUGGAUGAGGAGCUCAGCGAUGGAAGAAAGGUUCUACAGCCGGGAUUUGCUCGGCAGUUCUCUUUGCCCAACAAUGUGCCAAACAAUGCCAGCACACCUGAUUAUGGUAUGUUUAGCGAUCCAUAUCUGUUUGAUCAGUCCGAGCAAUACUAUGAUGAGGAACUUGCACCGUACUACAGUGAUCUGAACGGUGCUCCUCCUCAAGGGCUUAGGGACCGGAGCUAUUCACAGUUUGAUCUCCCCUCAUACUCCAGCAGUCAGUUUGACGACAUGGCGAUGAGCCAGUGGCCAUACAGCCGCGCCGACAACUCCUCGGUGCCAAGCUUCGGGGCAGAUGUGAACGCCUACCCCUAUCAGUUGAGGGAUUAUCCAACCUCAGCAAACGGAGCAAGCAGCCGCUAUCCUUCCUAUCACCAUGCGAAUGGGCAUUGAGCCCUUUGAAGAGAAUAAUGAUUGCAACCGUAAUAAUGCGUCGUUGUAGUCCUGUGCUCUUUGCUUCUGAGCCGAGUGUAAUUGUAAUCCUUCCCCUAGGGCUAGUGGUCUUCUUCUAAAGAAAAAUGCUCGUCGGUUCCUUAUAAUAGUUAUAUUUCCUUGCUUGAUAUAAUUCAGUCAGUUUUGCCCCUGUGCUUGGUAAAGAAUAUCGAAUCAGUUACAUACAUAGUUACAUAGUCUGGGUUAGCCUCUUGCAUCA